AUGAAUACUUGCAAUUUGAAUUGCAAUGGUGGUGGCAAUAUUCUUCUCAAAAAUAUCUCACAAAUUGUUCAAAUUGUUGAUGAUGAUAAAUGUGUGUUGGAAGAUAAAAAUUCAAAUUUGUCAAUUUUUUGUGAAGAUGGAAAGAUUAAUAAAAUUUUUCUUGGUGAAAAGACUGCUAAUUGUACGAAAAUUAUUCAAGAGAAACUUAGGAAUUGCCAAAUUGUUGAUUGUCAUGGUGGAUGUGUACUUCCAGGCUUUGUUGAUGCCCAUACACAUCCUGUAUUUGCUGGCGAUAGAGUUGAUGAAUUUGCAAUGAAAUUGGAUGGAGCUACUUAUAUGGAGGUUCAAGCUGCUGGUGGUGGUAUACAUUUUACAACAGAAAAAACUAAAGAGGCUAGUGAAGAUGAAUUGCUGUCUAGUUUUUUGGAGAUUGCCAAAGAAAUGUCAAAAUGUGGAACAACAUUAAUUGAAGCAAAAAGUGGUUAUGGAUUAACUACAGAAAGUGAAAUAAAAAUUUUGCAAGUUUUUGAAAAUGCUCUGAAUUGUCAAAAUUUUCCUUUGGAAAUUUCUUCAACAUUUUGUGGAGCCCAUGCAAUUCCAAAAAAUAAGACAGAAGAGGAACAAACAAAAAUAAUUAUUAAUGAAAUGAUUCCAGUAUUAAUUAAAUUGAAAGAAAGUGGAAAACUUGAAUGUCUUGAAAAUGUUGAUGUUUUUUGUGAAAAGAAUGUUUUUGAAUUGGAAAGCAGUCGACAAAUUUUGGAAGCGGCCAGCAAUAGCAUUGGAUUACGCCCUAAUUUUCAUGCUGAUGAACUUUUUCCGUUGGGUGGUGCUGAAAUGGGAGCAGAAAUUAAGGCCACUGCUGUCAGUCAUUUGGAAGAAAUUAGUGAGAAAGGGAUAGAUGCACUUGCUAAAUCUGGAACUGUUGCUGUGCUCCUUCCAUCUACUGCCUAUGUCCUCAAACUAAAAAAUCCUCCAGUAAGAAAAAUGAUUAAAUCUGGUGUUUGUGUAGCUCUUGGAUCAGAUUUCAAUCCCAAUGCUUAUUGCUAUUCAAUGCCUACAAUAAUGAAUUUGGCUUGUGUUAACUUUGGAAUGUCUAUGCCGGAGGCAUUGGUGGCAGCAACUUUACAUGCAGCACACAGCUUGGGACGUGGAAAAACACAUGGUGCAAUUUCGGAGGGUCGAGUAGCUGAUUUAAUUGUUUUGAACACAAAUAAAUGGGAACACAUAAUUUACCGAUUGUCGGCACAUCAAUCAGUUAUAGAAAAAGUAAUUAAAUUCGGAAAAGUAGUUUAUAGUAAAACAUAA